AUGGAGUCCAACUUUCAUCGAGAUUUCGAUCUUCCGUGGUGCAAGAACCUUCUACGUUCCGACAUAUCAAUCGUCGAAGUCCCUUUUCAGCACCCGCUCCGCAAUGACACGCCCUUGAACAAAGGUGUCUCGAAUACCAUGUUCAGACAAACCCUCUAUACCCCCGACGCCAUCCGGGCUCAGAUAAACUUCAAGCGACCUACAACUGAGGCCGACUCCAUCAUUCCGUGGGAAUACUGCUAUCUCUUGUCCCUCGGCUCUGGGAUCGACGGCAAGGCAGGUCGCGCGCACGGGGGUUUCAAUGCGUUGAUCUUGGAUCAGAUGACUGGCACCGUGGCGUCAAUGGUGUCGGGGAGCUUUGCGCCGGCGACAGCCACUAUGACGGUGGACUACAAAGCCCCGAUUGACACGCCUGGGGUUGUACUAUGUCGCUCGUGGGCGGUCGAGCGACAGGGUAGGAAAACGUGGGUCAAGGCGAGGAUCGAGGACGGAAGGGGAAAUCUGCUCGCCAGCGCUAAGUCGUUGUUCGUUGAUCCGAGACUAGAGAGAAUAUAG